AUGUCCAACAUAAGUAUUCAAGUUGGAAACGAUCGAAUUCAAGGGAAAUCUAUCGGAUCGAAUCGAUGCCAAUUCUGGUUACACGAUAAACGAUUCAAUAUUGAUUCUUCUGAUGCAGUUGAUGACGCUAUAGAAAUACUAGCCGACCGAGAAAUUACCGUGGAAGGAAAACUGGUCCGUCCAAAUGUAUGGACAGCAGAAUAUUCGUUCUAUGGCGCUUCAUCAUGGGGUACCGUUUAUAUACAGUACACUUUGCAAUUCGAUACAACAUCGAUGAAAGGAACUGUCAAAAGUGAAACAAACGUCGAUGCUUAA